CACGUGUAUGUUCCAGAUUCCUCCUUGCUCAUAUUCCUGAAUCCGGGUCAUUUUAAAAUCACCAAUCAGAAUUAGAGCUCCAUAUUCCACACAAAUCCCACCCUUAUUAUAUAAAUCAGGAAUACCACUUUCAAAUUAUUCAGAUUUCAGUGUGUUUUAGUACUUACUACCAAGAAUUUUAUCGACCCUUUCUUUCUUCCUUUCUUUCUGUUUCUCAUCAAGAGUUAAUUGCGCGAUGUCGGCCGACGGAGAAGUGGAAAAAACCAAUGUCGAGCAGCCUCAGGUGGAGGCUCCGGCACCGGAGAAACCAACCGAGAAGCCUGUUAAGGAGAAGAAGCCAAAAGCUCCCAAGGAGAAGAAGCCUAAAGCCCCCAAAACCGCUGCUCACCCUCCUUACUUCGAGAUGAUCAAGGAGGCCCUGCUCGCAUUGAAUGAGAAAGGCGGUUCAAGUCCAUACGCGAUUGCAAAAUUCAUGGAAGAGAAGCAUAAGGCGGUGCUUCCUGCAAACUUCCGGAAGAUCAUGGCGCUUCAACUGAAGAACUCUGCAGCAAAGGGCAAGCUGAUUAAAAUCAAAGCAUCGUACAAGUUAUCCGAGUCCAAAAAGGCUAAAGACGCCGUGAAAAAGCCAAAGCCUGCUGCUAAGGCUAACGCAGAGAAACCUAUUCGCAAAUCCACCACCAAAACCACACGAUCUGCGACGAAGAAAACAGAAGCUGUGGCGAAGAAGCCAGCCAAGAAGCCUAAGAAAGCCGCGGCACCUGCAAAGCCAAAGCAGCCAAAAUCAAUCAAGUCCCCUGCGGCUAAGAGGGCUAAGAAAGUCGCCGCUGCUUAAACAGAAAAGUAGAACUUCGAUGGGUGGGGGGUUAACGUCUUAACGAUGUAUAUAAUAAUAAUCGAAAUAGUCAUGGUUUCUGUUUCCUGGUUUUAGAUUAGUGUGUUAAUAUGGGAAAAUGGAUGUGUUUCAGUAGCUGGUUCUGGUUGUAACAAUGGGGUUCCUGUGAGUUGGUGACUUGCCAAUUUUAGUGUAUCUGAUGAUGUUAGAAUUUUGGGGUUUAAUAGAAUGAUUUAGACUUCUUUUUCUUUUGUGUUUCUUUUAUGAAUGGUUGGUUCUUGGAUUAUAUGAUGGAGUCUUGUUUGAUUUCGAAACCAAUUCAUUGUUGUUGAUAGGACAUAAUGCAAAAACGAGGGGGUUAUAUGAGUGGAAUUGAGAUUUGUGAUUUUCUAAUCUGUCAAGCUUUAGCCUGGGGUAAACUUGGCUUCAGCACUGGUACUAUAGAGUAUAGAAAUCAUAGUAGUGACAUUGUGUAGAAAGUUCGAUAUUAUUUUUUUUUUCAGGGAAAAAAGAAAUCGAUUGAAGUACACAAAUUCUGGCUGCCUUCAAAGUUGGAAAAAAAAUAAAAAAUUCUGGCGACGACUUAACGUUUCUUUUGUGGAUGAAUUUGCUCCAUGCCUCCAUUGUUCAUGCACAUUACCGAUGGAAUAUUCCAUUUGAGGCUUUUGAGUUACGUUUGUUAUAGAUGCUUCAAAAUUAAAGAUAAUCGAAAUGGAAUCACCGUGUAACAUCCGGUUUUAUGGAGUUAACGUACAUCAUGUCCA